CUACUUCCUUAAAAUUCACACAGAACAGAUCUUCCAGCCGACAACAUGGAAGGAAAGGAUAUGUAUGCCACUGCGUUUCAAAUCGAUGAGCAGAAUGGAGACGAAUUUGAGCCGGGAGAUCUGAAGCCAGAACUUUGGCCCCGAAGAGCAGAUACUGCUCGACGAAAUCUACGACCCAAGAUUAUCAACAUUCUUCUGGGUAUCUGCAUCGUAGUGUCAGUUCUGUCGCUUGCUAUUGCGUUGCCACUGAUGACACAGAUGGGUGAAAUAAAGAGGUCAGAAGCUGACUUUCGGAUGGAAAGUUCCCAAUGGAAGAACAAUGUUACAGGAAACGUUGAGAAAGCAACCAGCUCACUCUCCGACGUUCAGGCUGAGAUUGCACUGCUGAGAGAGCGUGUGCAUUCUUGUCCCGAGCAAUGGACCAAGUUCAAGCAAAGCUGUUAUCUCUUUUCCUCAAGCUCGAAGAGCUGGGAGGUGGCUCGAAGAACCUGUGCCUCAGCGGACGCCCACCUUGUUGUCAUUAAUAAUGUUGAAGAGCAGGGCUUUAUAAUGAAAACAACUAUUGUCCGUCGGUGGAUUGGUCUGAGUGAUUCGGCCUCUGAAGGUGACUGGCGCUGGGUAGAUGGAACCGAUUAUAAAUCCUCUGUAAAGUUUUGGAAUGAGGGAGAACCCAAUAAUGCGAAGAAUGCGGAACACUGUGGGGAAAUGUUUGGUGAUGGACGUUGGAAUGAUCAACCGUGCGACAAUAAUCAGAAGUGGAUCUGUGAGAAACCAGCACAGUGAUAUUCUUAAAUUGGAAGUUCGUGCAAUGAACCGGCUUGGUGAUGUUAAACAAGUCGCAAUAAUGUGAUAGCAGUGUAGGAGGCUAUUCCAAUAGCGAGAUUAAACGAGAAUUUACCA